GGAGGAGGACAAAAAAAUCGGUUCCUCUCAGCAGAAAUUGGCCGUAAAAUUACGUUACCGGCCGAUGAUCGCUUCUAAAUUAUCUGAAUCGAUUAUUGAGCCGUUAAGUUAUGUUGCUAUUAGCUAGCUAAUGUUAACAGUUAACCAGCUAACUUAGAGAAAAUGAGCUGUUUUGUUACAGAAGCUAUUCAUGGGAAAUUCUGAUCCUCUGAAACGGUUGAAAGAUCUGACGCAGCUCAAAAAUCAGUUGGAGGAAAUCCAGAGGCGAGUAGAGAACGAAGUUUCUGUAGGAAUCCCUCCGGGAGGCUCAGUGUUGGGAUCUCCAUUUCUGAAGGGCUUUCUGGCCGGCUAUGUGGUGGCCAAGCUACGCUCCUCUGCUUUCCUGGGAGUGCUGCUGGGAACAAUCACUGGCAUAUACGCAGCACAGAACUAUCAAGUGCCCAACAUUGAAAGGACCGUGAAGGAGUAUAUGAACAGCUUGAAAAAAGGAAAGAAAUAAUGUGGCCUGACUGCUAGUCUUGUCGGUGACAUAACGGGCA